GAGGAGCGACGCAGAGCGCAGCGAUGGAGCCGGGCGGCGAGGGCGCGGAGGCGUGCAUGGAGGGCGCGGCGGGAGACCCGUACCGGCGGCCGGCGCGGCGAACGCAGUGGCUCCUGAGCGCCCUGGCGCACCACUACGGGCUGGACCGCGGCGUGGAGAACGAGAUCGUGGUGCUGGCCACCGGCCUGGACCAGUACCUGCAGGAGGUCUUCCACCACCUGGACUGCCGGGGCGCCGGCCGCCUGCCCCGCGCCGACUUCCGCGCGCUCUGCGCGGUGCUGGGGCUGCGCGCCGACGGGGCCGUGGCCUCCGGGGAGGCCGCCGGGGAUGCGGCCGCCGAAGACACGAACUCACGGGAUAUGACUGCACAGGACGCGGCCGCUGGGGUGGCCACUGACCGGGACGCGGAUGUCGAGGAGGAGGCGCGCCUGGCGCUGCGCGCAGAGCCGCCGGAGCUCACCUUCCGCCAGUUCCACGCGCGCCUCUGCGGCUACUUCGGCACCCGCGCGGGGCCCCGGCUGCCCCGCGGCGCUCUCAGCGAGCACAUCGAGACGCAGAUCCGCCUGCGCCGCCCGCGCCGCCGCCGCCCGCUCCGUGCGCCCGGCCCCGACGGCGGCUCUGAGGGCAGCGCAGAGGGCGAGCGCGUGGCCCGGCUGGAGGAGGAGAACAGCAGCCUGCGCGAGCUGGUGGAGGACCUGCGCGCCGCGCUGCAGAGCAGUGACGCGCGCUGCCUAGCGCUGCAGGUCGGCCUCUGGAAGAGCCAGGUGGCGGGGCGCGGCGGGCCCGAGGCGGCGGCGGCGCGGGAGCUGCAGCAGGCGCGGGGCGCCCUGGCGGCGGCGGAGGCCCGCGCCGGGCGGCUGCGCCGGGGCCAGGCCGAGGUGCGGCGGCGCGCCCAGGAGGCCCGGCAGGCGGUGCAGCGCAGCCUGCACCGCGUGCGCGAGCUCGAGGCGCUGGCGCGGCAGGUGCCCGACCUGCAGCGCUGGGUGCGGCAGAUGGAGGCGGAGCUGCGGCGCUACAGGUCAGAGGGCCCCCAGCUCCCAACCUCCCCACAACCCAGCUUGGAGCAAGGAGGCAAGAGUGGUGAACCUCAGGACGAUGGGACCAGCGACCCAGGUGCUGCUCCCGAGGGAGCCUGGCAGUCAGACAGCAGCUCCGGGAGCAGAGCCCUGGAUGAAGCAGCAGGCGAGCAGCUGUUCCGUUCCGUGGAGGGCCAGGCCGCCUCUGACGAGGAGGAGGAGGCGGAGGAGGAGAAGAGGCGGGAGGAACAGAAACCACUGGUGGCCGAGGCCAAGACGCUGCUGGCGCAGCUGUCCAGCUGUGGGCGCGGGUGUGAUGACCAGACAGCUAAGAAGCUUAUUUCUUACUUUGGCUGCUUUGAUGGUGCCGACCACGCCUGCACCCUGGGGGAGCUGGAGGCCCGCAUCUCCUCGCUGGUGGAGCAGCUGGGGACUCAGGGCUGCAGUGGGAAGACCCAGAGGACAUCUGGGGAGGAGGCAGAGCUGCAGAGGAAGGUGGAGGAGAAUGAACAUCUGAGGCUGGAGCUGCAGUUGGUGGAGACUGAGAGGGUUCGGCUGUCCCUGCUGGAGGAGAAGCUGGUGGAUGUGCUGCAGCUCCUGCAGAGGCUCCGGGACCUGAACAUAUCGAGAAGAUCACUGGGGAAGAUUUUGCUGAGCACGCUGGACGCUUGCAGGGACCCCAUAGAUGAGGGGAGACCUGGCCCCUCGGCAAUCCUGGAUGCCCUGCACCAAGCCUUGGCUGGCUGUGAGCUCUUGCAGAGACAGCCCUUGGAACCAGCUUCCACAGCUCCUGUGCUCACCAACCCCCUCCUCAUCUCCUACUGAGGUCACUAGCCCA